UCCGGACGCCAAGAUAGACCGCUGCCGCCGAAUUUAAAGAGACAGGAGAUAGUUAUUUUAAAACGAUAACGGCAACCAUUGUCCUUCGGUGUGUUUCCCGACGCGUCCUGCCUCCGGUUGUUUAUUUCGAUGGUGAUGUUCAACCAAAGUCGCCGUGACUAGCAGUUUGUCAGUCAUCCACUCUGCUGAUUUUUUUUUUCCACGACCCUCUUUCUUUUUGUGCCGAGACUGUCCAGUCAAGCAAAGUAGUGUUGCUCACUGGCAGGCAGACAGGCUGGCUUCCCGACCGAGAGGACGUUGUGUCGGCUAGCCAACAACUGUAGGUACCACCCGAGCGUCUCGUCAAGUUGUGGUCGCGGCACCGGAGCCUCCCGUCGCCGGGGUAAUGGCGAAGAUUCAGGCGCACAGCGCGGCGAAGCAGAUCAACCCGAUGCAGGACAAGCCUUACGUUAUCACACAAAAGCAAGUGCAACAGCAGCACUUCCAGAAGCUGAAGGUUGAAGAUGCCUUGUCAUAUUUGGACCAAGUCAAAAUUCGGUUUGCCAAUGAUCCUGGCAUAUACAACAAGUUUCUGGACAUAAUGAAGGAGUUCAAGUCACAGAGUAUUGAUACACCAGGUGUAAUAAACCGUGUGUCGCAACUCUUCCAUGGACAUCCAGACCUUGUACUGGGGUUCAAUGCUUUCUUACCACCAGGAUAUCGGAUAGAAGUCCCCAAAAAUGGAAUUGCGUUCCUCCAGUCUCCAUUUUCCACACAGGUCUCUCCUGGACCACAGGGCAAGAGUGUGGCCACAUCUGGAGUACCUGCAACCUCAGGUAGUACCUCAGCCCCAAACAUCGACGCCGAGCCACCACAGACCACUGAAGUGAAAGCAACAUCGACGGAGUCACCAUCAUCUUUAAACUUAGUCGGGCCUCCAGAAACUCCGAGCAGACUCUCUCUUCCCUUGGCGAGCAGAGAGAACCAGAGCCAGACGGCCGCCUCAUCUGUGUCCCCUCCCGCCUCUGAGACGAGCCCAGUGGAGUUUGACAGUGCCAUUAGCUAUGUAAACAAGAUCAAGAACCGUUUUCUCGAUCACCCAGAGAUCUACAGAGCUUUCCUAGAGAUCCUUCACACCUAUCAGAAGGAGCAGCUGGAGGUGAAAGAGAGCCGUGGGAGCAGAGGUAGCAGUGGAAUGACUGAAGAUGAGGUGUUCUCCAAGGUUGCCAGUCUGUUUAAAGGACAGGAAGACCUGCUGGCUGAGUUUGGGCAGUUUUUGCCAGAUGCGAAGAGAUCGUUGUUUACGGGAAGCUCUUUGACAGGAGGUAAGGAGCCAUUAAAGAGACCAGAGGAAGAGGACUCGGGGUCCAAACAAAAUAAGAAGAGACCCAGACCCAUACUACUGCAGCACAUGUCUCCUCUUCUGAAGAAGAAAAUGAAGUAUUCCUGCACCAAAGAUCAGUCUUUUGCCUCGGUUGGAAAGCACGGGGUCUUGCGAGAAUUCUCUUUCUUUGAUAAGGUUCGACGGCUGUUUAAAAGUCAAGAAGUGUAUGAAAACUUUCUGCGCUGCAUUGCCUUGUUUAACCAGGAAGUGGUCUCAGGAGCUGAACUGCUGCAGUUGGUUACUCCAUUCCUGGGGAAAUUUCCUGAACUGUACACACAGUUCAAGUCGUUUCUGGGAGACAAAGAGCUCUCUCAUGCUGUGUCAGGGCUGUCGGACCGCUACAUGGAGGGAGGUGGGGGCAGGGAGGUGGAUUAUGCCUCCUGCAAACGCCUUGGGUCCAGCUACAGAGCUCUGCCCAAGACCUACCAGCAGCCCAAAUGCAGUGGACGGACAGCCUUGUGCAAGGAGGUAUUGAAUGACACGUGGGUGUCCUUCCCCUCCUGGUCUGAGGACUCGACCUUUGUCAGUUCAAAGAAAACUCCUUAUGAGGAGCAGCUCCAUCGCUGUGAGGAUGAAAGAUUUGAGUUGGAUGUUGUCCUUGAGACGAACCUGGCCACGAUUCGGGUGCUGGAAAGUGUCCAGAAGAAGCUCUCCCGCCUUUCACCCGAGGACCAGGACCGGUUCCGGUUGGAUGACUGCCUGGGUGGUACAUCUGAGGUCAUCCAGCGACGGGCUGUCUACCGGAUCUAUGGCGACAAGGCCCCAGAGAUCAUCGAGGGACUGAAGAGAAGUCCUGCUACCGCUGUGCCUGUUGUACUGAAGAGAUUGAAAGCUAAAGAGGAGGAGUGGAGAGAGGCUCAGCAGGGCUUCAAUAAGAUCUGGAGGGAGCAGUAUGAGAAGGCCUAUCUGAAGUCACUCGACCACCAAGGAGUCAACUUUAAACAGAACGACAUGAAGGCGCUGCGUUCCAAGAGCCUUCUCAAUGAGAUUGAAAGUGUUUACGAUGAGCGACAGGAGCAGAGCACUGAAGAAGGGGGCGUUGGCCAGCAGGGUCGGAAUGGCUCUGGUUCCGCUUCGAAUAGCGAACCACACAUGGUCUUCACAUAUGAGGACAAGCAGAUACUGGAGGACGCCGCUGCCCUCAUCAUCUACCAUGUGAAAAGGCAGCCUACCAUCCACAAAGACGACAAAGACCACAUCAAGCGCAUCAUCCAGCACUUCGUCCCGGACCUGUUCUUCUCCCGGCGUGGAGAGCUGAGCGAUACUGAGGAAUGGACUGACGAGGAGGUCGAAACGGAGGAUGGAGCCGAACGAGGGGGCGACAGGAGUGGUGGAGGAAACGGUAACUCCUCCGUUGCGCCAGGAGGCGGCGCCACGGCAGGAAAUCAGUCUCAAACGCAACCUUCCCAAAACCAGAAUCAGUCCCAACCACAGCAGCAGUUAAACGGCGAGUCCAGACGGAGGCGCUGCAGCCCAACACAACCAACGGACACAGAUUCUUCCACCACCCCCAGUAGCACCAGUCAGGCAGCACCCGUUUCAGGAUCCUCUUCUGGACCGCCGCCUGCCGAGACAACCUCGGGACCGACUGGAGAGAAGGUUGAUCUGCGUGAUCCGGAAGCCGAGUUCCAGAAAGAGCUGGACGGAGUCUACAAUCUCUUCUUUGUCAACAACAACUGGUAUUUCUUCCUGCGGCUGCAUCAGACUCUGUGCUCACGCCUGCUGCGGGUAUACCGGCAGGCAGAGAGGCAGCUGCUGGAGCACCGGGCUGAGCAGAGCCGCGAGAGACUGCUGAUGGCCGAGGGGAGAAGGGAGAAGGCGUGUGACCUUGCCAUGGAGCUUCGCCUCAAACAGCCCAGUGAUGUGGAGUUGGAGGAGUACUACCCUGCCUUCCUGGACAUGGUGCGCAGCCUGCUGGACGGGAAUCUGGAUGCCACGCAGUAUGAAGACACGCUGAGAGAGAUGUUCACCAUUCACGCCUACAUCGGUUUCACGAUCGACAAAGUGAUUCACAACAUCAUCCGACAGCUUCAGCAUCUGGUGAGCGACGAGGUUUGUCUCCAAGUUGUGGACCUGUACCUUGCUGAGAGGAAAAGAGGCGCUGCUGGUGGGAAUCUGUCCUCACAGUGUGUUCGGGCCGCGUGGGAGACCAGCUAUCAGUGGAAAUCUGAACGAGUCAUGGCUGAGGAGAACUGCUUCAAGGUGAUGUUCAUUCAAAAUAAGGGCAAUGUGACCAUGACCCUGGAGCUGCUGGACACAGAGGAGGCUCAGGCCGACGACCCAUUAGACGUGCAGUGCCUGUCCAGCUACAUGGAGCAGUUCGUAGGAACCGAGUCCAGCCUCUGUUCCCAGGCUGAAGGCUACUUCUUCAAACCGGUGUUUUUGCCCAGAAACCUGCGGCGGUUCCGUCGCUGGCAGGUGCGGCAAGUGGAAGCCAUGCGCUGCAGGAGGGAGUGGCACCGGCAGCUGGGUGUGGAAAACGCCGGGAGUCUGGACUGUCGCUUUAAACUCAACACACACAAGAUGGUGUUCGUCAUGAACUCUGAGGAUUACAUGUAUCGCAGAGGGGCGCUGGUCAAGGCCCGGAAGUCGCAGCACAGAGUGGCGGCUGGUCAGCACCAGCGUUUCGACAAGUGGCACCAGAGCUGGCUGGCGGAUCACGUGACGGCCUCGGCUUCCCGCUCGGUCCAGAACUGGCUGAUGGGAGAGAACGAAGAGGACAUGAUCCCCUGCAAGACCACCUGCCUGUCCACCGAGGUGAAAGGUCAGACGGUGAACAGAUACAAGGUUCAUUACAGUGGUAGCAAACCCCCCGCCUCACCAUAGAGCCGACCGGACAGGUAACCGCAUGGACAUUCUGGACAUCCGCACACUAAACACACAGCAGCGCCGUCACACUUCUCCUCCACACCUGGUUCACUCUCUCACUGAUGCCAGUAGAAACUUGGUGAAGGCGUCUUCAUCGGGGCUGAGCGGUGACUGGCGAGUGAGCCGAGUGACCAGCGGAGAAAUGGACAGACGGCGGCCGGACGGAGAGGCACAGAUCGCAGCUGGAGCGCCUCGCUGGCGUCCUGCCUCCUAGUGGUGGCGCUAAGGACUGACGGACAGAGACGAUUGAUCGGCCACGGAGAUCACGGUUUCGGAAAUGUGAAUGUCUUUUUUUUCUUUUCUUUUCUUUUUUUUUUUUUUUUUUUUAAAAAAGGUCCAGUGUAGUUUUUAGCUUCUAAAGCCAGAAAGCCUUCUGCUUGUUGGUAAAUGCGUGUUUAUAUGGAGAGAUGACGUGUACGUAUGUGAACCCACCCUUCGUUUUGUCGGACGCCACAACUGUUCCAGCUCUGCAUCAUCAUCAUGUGCAUUUGUACACACAACAGGGAUCAUGUAUUUUAUAUAUAUGCAUCGCCAGGGAAACAUCACACGGUCCCGACGGCCGACGCUGGAUGUUUGCAUCCUUUUUUUUUUCUUUUUCAUUUCUUGUGUUGUAGUAAAAAAAACAAUGUAAUCAAGAGGACGUGGAAGAGUCCAAAAAAUUUGUGUAGUUGAAGCAAUGAAGUUAUGUCUCAUUCUUGAUUUCACCAAAUGUUUACUUUGAGUUUUUUUUUCUUUUUUUUUGCAAACUGACAUUAAGAAUAAAGGAAGAAUAUCAGUGUUAAAAUAGAAUGUAUAACAUUUAUCCUGUAUCGGUCGUCAUCCAAUAAACAACCUAGUUGUGGAACUUCUUAUAGGUUGAU